AUGGUUAAGUGGAUCAAUUUCGAUGUUGGGCAAAAAUCUAUAAAUAUUAUUAUAGGAAAUAACAAACUUGGUGCUUAUGCAGGUCAAAUGGUUUUACGAGUUCCUGAAAAUAUGUUUAUUGUGUCAUUGGCUGCUGCUGAUAUAUUAGUGGCUGGAUGUGUGCUGCCUCUUAACAUAGCAGGUGUAGUGCAAGGAGAGUUGUACUUUUUCCACAGAGUAAGAUUAUGUGAAUUUCUAGGAACAGUUUGUUACUCAGCUUGCAAAUGUGCAUUUUGGUGUAUAACUGGGCUAGCAGUAAACCGGAUGAUAUUAGUUUGCUCUCCAAAGCAAUACAAGCGCAUUUUUACUUGGAGAACCACGCCAAUAUUUGCUUUUAUUCCCUGGUGUAUUGCCCUAAUCACUGUGCUACCAAUGUUUAUAUGGUGGGGUGGGAUGGAAUUUGACCCAGAGACCAUGUUUUGCUUGUCCGACUUAGAUAAUAUGCAACCUAAUAUGUUCCUUGCUGCAGUUAUAUCUUUGUCUGUCAUUCUUUCUUUCGUGUCUACCAUCGUUGCACAGUUCAGAAUAAAAGCAAAGAGACGGUGGUUGACUGCGAUAGCUCCCAAUAUAUCAUUAAUGAAUGUUAUUGUGAGUGAUAGCAAAGCAACAGAUCAAAAUGACAAUACCGAAGACAUAACAGAAGGACUUCGACGCGAAAUUGAUGAUAUAGCAAUGAGUGGACGAUUGCUAGCUGCCAUUUUCCUCUCCUCGUUGAUAUGGUCACCUUUCUUAGUUGCCUUGGUGACACAUCAUAUCAUGAAUUAUGGGAGGGAUUUUUGGGCGUUUGCAACUUUACUUGGUCACAUGCAGCCGGGAUUAGAUUGUUUGUGUUACGUCAUUAUCAGCAAGUAUUUUAGGAGGGGCUAUAAAAACGCUAUACGUUUGAUUUUCUGUUGCAAAAAGAGACAGAAGUAUGCUUCAGUUGCUAAUGCCUAGAUGGUGCAAGUGUUCGAGAUCUUAAACUCGAUCCAUGAACCAGAUUGGAUUCAAUACAAAGAUUGAAUUCGAGCUGCUCGUUAUAUCAGUUUCUGUGGCUUAAGGGUGUCCACCAGGGGUUUCUCCUGACAAAAGUUGAAAAUGAUGAGCCCUUACCCUUAAUUUUUUCAUUCCAGAAUGUAAAGUAUGUAAAGUAUAUAUGUAAAGUAAAGUAUACAGGAACAUAACUGAAUUUGCCUGUGACUUUAAGCAAAGGUUAAAUGACUUUUGUCUGUGAUCAAAUGAGAACUUGUCACGCCCACUUUUGCUCAGAAAAACACACUGCACUAACAUAUAUGUUUUAAAGCUGUAAUAGUAUGCGUUGCCCGUUAGAAUCUCAGAAAACUAUGUAUGAAAAAAGGGUUGAACAUAAUUUAAAAU